AUGGCCAUGAGUUCCUAUUUGAUCAACUCCAACUAUGUGGACCCUAAGUUUCCACCUUGCGAGGAAUACUCACAGAGCGACUACCUACCCAGUCACUCUCCAGACUACUAUAGCGCCCAGAGGCAAGAGCCGUCGUUCCAGCAUGAGUCGAUCUACCACCAGCGAUCGGGCUGCACCAAUCCAGCCUACCUAUCAUGCCAGAGUGCCGGGCAGCCCGCCGUGGUGAUGUCUCCUCGUGGUCACGUACUAAACCCAGCUGUUCUCUCCUCCGCCCUACCUGAACCAAGCCAUCGCUGCGACUCGGUAACUCCGAGCCCUCCGCCUGCUUGCGUUCAAACCCCCAUCAUACAAAGUGCUACUUCGGUUACUUCACGAAAGGAUCCCGUGGUGUACCCAUGGAUGAAAAAAGUCCACGUAAACAUCGUGAGUCCGAACUAUUCGGGCGGAGAGCCUAAGCGCUCACGCACAGCCUACACGCGACAGCAAGUUCUUGAGCUGGAGAAAGAGUUUCACUACAACCGCUACCUUACUCGCCGACGCAGGGUGGAAAUUGCCCACACCCUUUGCCUUUCCGAACGACAGAUAAAGAUUUGGUUUCAGAAUCGGCGUAUGAAGUGGAAGAAAGAUCAUAAGCUACCGAACACAAAGAUCCGCUCCAGCAAUUCUGCAAACUCAAGUUUAAGUGGCGGUCCGUUAAAAAAUAAUCAACACUGAGUUAACCUCCACCGACUUUUAUGCCGGCAAAUACUCCUCAAAAUCACGCACAUUCUCAAGACCUCAGUGAGACGCGCGGAUUUUUGUCAUUCUGACUCCCUGUCAUCCCUUGUAAACGACUAGGAAAUAACACAAGGUGGGGUAAUGAGAAGGAACACAUGAGGAAAAUACAUGACUUAAAUAGAAAUGAAAUGAAGACUCGAACUCAAACACUUUCACAGAUGGCCUCACUCCCAGUUUACUCAAGUUCUCAUUUUUAUCCCAUACCCCUGUUCUUUUCUGCUCCCUCGACCCCUCAAUAAGAACAGAAGGCAGCAGACAGUUUUCAGAUUUGGUGAAGAUGGAUCCGUGUUUCAUCUUUAAUCAUGCCAAACGCAGCCCCAUUUGUCAUGUUUACUCUGUGGUACAAAGGAUGAACCGUGGGCCUGCCCAUUACCUCGACGUCUAGCAUUGUGCUAAAUAAAUGAGUCUCCUUGUUUUGUCAAGAGCCAUUUUCUUACACUCCUUUCUUUGCUGGCGUGUGGCCUACAAAACUAGCUGUACGAAUUUUUACUAAUAUGAAGCUUAUUUUUUAUAUGAAGCCUAAAUCGCAUUUAAUGUAUU